AACUUCUUUUCCUUCUCAGAUCAGAGCCGCAGAAGUCAGUCACGCAGCGUGACGUUACGCAAGGGCCACGCGUUCACUCUCGUGUCUGUGUGGUGGAGAGGGUUCUGCUGUGUCGUGAGCUCUCCUCCGCGCGUGUGAGAGUGUUUUGUGAGUGUGUGUGUGAGUGUGUGUGUGUGUGAGCUGCAGUCAUGGCUGUGGACGGAACGGAGCAGCGCGCGCUGCAGUAUGAGCAGACUUUGAUGUAUGGGCGUUACACUCAGGAACUGGGUGUUUACGCUCGAGAACAAGCCGCUCGGAUUCGAGAGGAUGGUCGUCACCGCAGUCCUCCGGUCAAACUGCUGGAGUACGAGAAGGGACGAUGUGUCCGGUGUCGAAGGUUUCCAUAUGCCCUGGAAUCAUCACCACCGGACUUUUUCUCUGUCUGUGCAGUGCACUGUCAGCGGUUUCUCAUGUCACGGGUCGGCGAGGACUGGAUCUUCCUCAUCUUGCUGGGACUCGUCAUGGCUCUGGUCAGUUUUGUUAUGGAUUUCUGCAUCGCCCUUCUCCUACAAGCACAGAAGUGGAUGUCCGGUGGUCUGGACAGUAACGUAAUCCUGCAGUAUUUAGCUUGGGUCACUUAUCCUGUGGUUCUCAUCAGCUUCUCUGCAGGCUUCACACACAUCGUAGCACCUCAAGCCGCGGGGUCUGGUAUCCCUGAAAUGAAGACGAUUCUCAGAGGAGUGGUGCUGAAGGAAUAUCUGACGUUAAAAACGUUUGUGGCCAAGGUUGUGGGACUGACCUGUGCGCUGGGGAGCGGUUUGCCUCUGGGCAAGGAGGGUCCGUUUGUGCACAUUGCCAGUUUGUGUGCGGCUCUUCUCUGCAAAUUCAUGUCUUUCUUUGGUGGAAUUUAUGAGAAUGAGUCCAGAAACACGGAGAUGCUUGCGGCGGCCUGCGCUGUCGGGGUUGGAUGCUGCUUCGCUGCUCCUAUUGGAGGUGUGUUGUUCAGCAUUGAAGUCACCUCCACGUUCUUCGCCGUACGAAACUACUGGCGUGGAUUCUUUGCUGCUACGUUUAGUGCCUUUAUCUUCAGAGUUCUGGCCGUGUGGAACAGAGAUGAAGAGACGAUCACGGCUCUCUUUAAAACACGCUUCAGACUGGACUUCCCCUUUGACCUCCAAGAGCUUCCAGCGUUUGCUGUGAUCGGAAUCGCCAGCGGGUUUGGUGGAGCCUUAUUUGUGUAUUUGAACCGGCUGAUUGUGCAGUUUAUGCGAAAACAGAAAACUAUUAACAAGUUCCUCAUGAAGAAGCGUCUGUUGUAUCCUGCACUCGUCACUUUACUGAUCUCUACACUCUCCUUCCCUCCGGGCUUUGGGCAGUUCAUGGCUGGACAGCUUACACAGAAGGAGACCCUGGUUUCAUUUUUUGACAAUCGCACUUGGACGAAGCAAGGAAUGACAGAAGACUUUAAUUAUGACAGUCACUCGGCCGCCUGGAAACAUCCGCAGGCUAACGUCUUCGUGAUCCUCGUCAUCUUCAUCGUAAUGAAGUUCUGGAUGUCUGCUUUAGCCACAACUCUUCCCGUACCAUGUGGAGCCUUUAUGCCUGUUUUCGUCAUUGGUGCUGCGUUUGGCCGUUUGGUGGGUGAGAGUAUGGCCGCAUGGUUUCCAGAGGGCAUUAAUACGGACGGCAUCAUCUAUCCCAUAGUUCCCGGAGGAUACGCUGUUGUGGGAGCUGCGGCGUUAUCCGGAGCAGUCACACACACGGUUUCCACAGCUGUGAUCGUGUUUGAGUUGACGGGUCAGAUCAGUCACAUUCUGCCCAUCAUGAUUGCUGUGAUUCUCGCCAACGCCGUCGCUCAGAGCCUUCAGCCGUCCAUCUACGACUCCAUAAUCCGCAUUAAGAAACUGCCUUACCUGCCCGAGCUCGGCUGGGGCCACCAUGAGAAGUAUAAUAUCCGUGUGGAGGACAUCAUGGUCAGAGAUGUUCGUUACAUCACACUGAACUCCACCUACAGAGAGCUUCAUGAGAUCCUCCUGAUAGGAAACCUCAAAACAGUGGCACUGGUGGAGUCUGCAGAGUCGAUGAUCCUGCUGGGCUCUAUUGAGCGCGCUCAGUUACAGGCGCUCCUCGCGCAGCAUCUGAGUCGCGAGCGCCGGCUGGAGUUCAUACGCGAUCGCGCCAACGCCGAGAGAAAACGCGUGUCUGUGAUCAGCACUCCCAGCAGCGAGGAGGGGGGUCAAAAGGUCAACCACGAGGUUCGCUUCCAGAUCUCCACAGAAGAGUCUUCGUUCACACCGACCCGUCCCAUUUCACCUAAACCUCUCAAACCUGCGCUGAAGAGGACAUCUACCGCAGAGAAAAACAUCGAGAUCCCCACAAGUCCUCAUGAUUCUGGCAUUGGCUUAAAGAAUCUGUUAUGUGCUCGACCUCAGACUGAUGCAAUGGAGAAUAAUAACGUGGAGCACACAGUGGCUCCUGACCUCAGGCCCAAACGCGUCAGGAUUUCGGUCUUGGAGGAUCCAGACGCAGAGGAUGACAUGACUCUUGGCGAGAUUGAGGAGUGGGAGGAGCAACAGCUUGACGAGCAGGUGAACUUCAACAGCUGCAAGAUUGACCCCGCCCCCUUCCAGCUGGUGGAGCGCACUUCACUGCACAAGACUCACACCAUCUUCUCUCUGCUGGGUUUGGAUCACGCUUACGUCACCAGCAUUGGGAGACUCAUAGGAGUAGUUUCACUGAGAGAGCUGCGUAAAGCCAUCGAGGGCUCGAUGACGGUGAAAGGCGUGAAGGUUCGUCCGCCGCUGGCCAGUUUCAGAGACAGUGGCACCAGCAGCGAAAGCGAAGCCACUGAGCUUCACAAACUGUGGGAUCGUCACACCAGCAUCAGCAUUCCCCGAGAACACCAGCCCAACGCCUCCGACUCAGACGACAAGUCACAUUGACCGCAGCCGACGCUCGCAUCCAAAAACCCUCGGGUCUUCCCCUUCUGGAGAAUCAGGGACUGUCUGGACUCUGUCGAGGCUCCUCCAGUGUGUGUGUGUGUGUGUGCGUGUGUGUGUUUAUAUGUGUGUGUGUUGCAGACCAGAGACAGAUCAUUUCAUUUUUGACGUUACCUAUCAUUCCCUUUUUCACUAUUUAAGAAAUGUGAUGCACAAGAUCUGUGUUGCAACUUCAUCUGUUGACUCAUGUUUUUUAUGUUGGGCAAUUUAUAUCUCCGUUUUUUUUUCUCUUGCAGUCGCACUUAUGACUUUUCCUGCAGUUAGGUCUUUUCUUCUUGCAAUGGACUUUUUUUCUCGCAACUUUGACUUCUCGCAAGUGACUUUUUUUUUCUUGCUUUUCUAAAAUUAUCAUUACUUUUUGAGUUUUCCUCUUGCGUUGCCUUUCUGAUUUAUUGCCUCUAAAUAAUGCAUUUUCUCUAUUUUUCUAGCUCUUUUAACUUUUCUCGCUAGUCUUUAUCUCAUAAUCAUGUUUUUUUUUCUCGCAAUUUACUUUUCUCUUAGUUACAACUAUUCUCGCUAUUAGAACUUUUUCUUACAAUUAUGACUUCUUGCAAUUAGGAUUUUCUCACAGUAGAUUUUUCUCGCAAUUGACUUUUGUGUUUUCACAUGCAUGACUUUUUUUCUCCCAAUUGUGACUUUUUAUCAAGUAUACAUUUUCUUCGCGCAAUCAUGACUUUUCUCAAAAAAAAAAUUCCCAGCAAUUUUGACUUCUGUUAUGAUUUUUUUCACAAUUAUGACUUUUUCGCAAUUAUGACACUUCAUCUCGCAACUGUUUUUUAUUUUCACAGUCAUGACUAUUAACGCAAGUAAGGUCGCAAAGGGGUGGAAAAUUUCCGUUAAAUUUCUGAAAAAUUUCCAAAAAUCCCUGAAAGAUUCCAACAAAUCCUGUAAAGUUUCUAAAAUGUCUGCAAUGUUUCCUAAAUUUACUGGAAAUUGUUCACCUUUUUGCAAGCUUAUACUUAAAGGUGCUGUAGGGAACUUUAAAAAAAUAUAUAUUUUUUACAUAUUUGUUAAACCUGUCAUUAUGUCCUGACAGUAGAAUAUGAGACAGAUAAUCUUUGAAAAAAUCA